AUGACUGUUAACACAGUAAGAGGGAGAGGCAUAAGUAGAGGAAGAGGCAUAAGUAGAGGGAGAGACGUAAGUGAAGGAAUAGGAAAUGUUGCUCAAGCUCCUGCUUACCCAAAUUCACAACAAAGUAUAGCAAGAGGUAAUGGAGAAGGAGGCAGAGGCAUAAGUAGAGGAAGAGGCAAUGUUGCUCAAGCCCCUGUUUACCCAAAUUCACAAGAAAGUGUGACAAGAGGUAAUGGACAAGGAGUCUUACCAUCUUCAAAGCUAAGUGAAAUUAAAGGAAGAGGCUUAGGAAGAGGCAUAAGUGGAGGAAGAGGCUUAUCAUCUUCACAACUAACUGUAGGUGGCAAGAGGAAGGGGACAAGGAGGACCAUAUUUGGACAACAUUUCCCAUGA